UGUUUCCGUCACUUCAGCCAGUCAAAAACCAGUUGAUCGUUGAUCUGUCGAGCAGAAGUGUGACUGUCACGCAAAACAUACUUUGAGGGGCUGCCUGUGAGAUCCUGACUUUCAAGAUGCUGAUUUUGGGGGUUUUGGUCGUGAUUGCGGUGGCUGGGACUGGAUUUGAUGCCGUAAAAGCUCAAAAUCCUGCUCCCGCUGCAAAGAAAGCUGCUGUUGCAACUGCUCCUACUGCUGCACCGGCCACAGGACAACAACUGCCGAUCUACCGCCCUAACCUGCCGACAGGAAGCUCCGCAGGUGCCUCCGCUGGUGCCUCCGCGGGUACCUCCGCGGGUACCUCCGCAGUUAACUCCGCAGUUAAUGCCGGGAGGACAAAUCCCCAGCUUGGCCACCCAAGAAGGAGACUGUACAAUGGAAUUAACCCCUUGUUACUUGACCCUGAUCUCAUUUACCCGGAUCACCUCGUCGAUUACUCACUGGGUCAUCUUGGGCAUCUGAAUCCUCUGGGGCAUCUGAAUCCUCUUGGGCAGCUGGAUCCUCUUGGGCAUCUGAAUCCCCUUGGGCAUCUGAAUCCCCUUGGGCAACUGGAUCCCCUUGCUCCGGGUUCACAUCUGCCACCUUUGGCAUCUCUUGGAAUUGCUGAAGCAGUCUAUGGCGACAUGUACCCAUCCAGCGAUUACCUCCUUCAACAGGCCUUGUUGCGUCGCACCUUAGGAGCACCACUACCGGAAACAGCUGCAGCAGCAUCAACAACAGGUGCAGGAGCUUCCGCGACCUCUGGAGCCACAGGCGCGAGCUACAACGGAGGUUAUGCCCCAUACGACCCCUUCCUUGAUCCUUAUCUUCUCGGCUAUUAAGAACCAUCACCACGACAUGAGGAUCAGCGAUUAAAGUAUAAGAAUCUAAAUCUGGAGCUACAAUAAAAAAAAAUUACUCAUU